GUGUGCACCUCUGCUACUGUUUGACGGGCAUUAAAGAACGGCUUUAGCUUCCUAGGGUGAUGCCAACAUAGCAGUCGCGACCCAGAGGCGGCGGGUGGCGCCGUUUCCUCCUGCGCCGCUCUUCCAGACAGUGCGGCGGCGGCCGCCCGUCUACGCGGGGAAUUACAGUAGCCGCGUUGUCGACGAUGAGUCAGAGAGCGCGGUGCUGAUGCUGCUGCUGCUGCUGCCAUUUCAUCACCUCCGCCAGCGCAGCGCCUCCAUCCCUCCGCUCCGCGCCCGCCCGCCUGCCCGUGCUGGGCCUACCCGCCUCCGCUCCCGCCGGCGAUGCUCUGGCGGCCGCUGUAGACCCGCCGAGCCCGCGUUUGCAGCUGUCGGUGGGCCGUCGCCGCCGCCGCCGCCGCCAGCGUCCAGGCCCCGGAGCCCCGCCGAGCGCGCUCAUGGAGGCCAUCUGGCUGUACCAGUUCCGCCUCAUUGUCAUCGGGGACUCCACGGUGGGCAAGUCCUGUCUGAUCCGCCGCUUCACCGAGGGCCGCUUCGCGCACGUCUCCGACCCCACGGUGGGAGUGGAUUUCUUCUCCCGCCUGGUGGAGAUCGAGCCUGGAAAGCGCAUCAAGCUCCAGAUCUGGGAUACCGCGGGCCAGGAGAGGUUCAGAUCCAUCACUCGAGCCUACUACAGAAACUCAGUAGGUGGUCUUCUCUUAUUUGACAUUACCAACCGCAGGUCCUUCCAGAAUGUCCAUGAGUGGUUAGAAGAGACCAAAGUACAUGUUCAGCCCUACCAAAUUGUGUUUGUUCUGGUGGGUCACAAGUGUGACCUGGAUACACAGAGGCAAGUGACUCGCCAUGAGGCAGAGAAACUGGCUGCUGCAUACGGCAUGAAGUACAUCGAAACGUCAGCCCGUGAUGCCAUAAAUGUGGAGAAAGCUUUCACAGACCUGACGAGAGACAUCUAUGAGCUGGUUAAAAGGGGGGAUAUUAUGAUCCAGGAGGGCUGGGAAGGGGUGAAGAGUGGCUUUGUACCAAAUGUGGUUCACUCUUCAGAAGAGGUUGUCAAAUCAGAGAGGAGAUGUUUGUGCUAGUCAGCUUUGAUUUCCAAGACAUGCUCUCCCACCUGAACUUCAAAGUGAUUGGAACGAACAAAAUCUUUGUGUGACUGACAAGAACUCAACUUCCAUGUUGGAUACCAAGUGAGCCUCAUUCCCAAGGCUGUGGACAUGUCAAGGGACUAGGCCUUGGGGAGCUAUGUCCCAGAAAUAUACACCCACAGACAACUGAUUCUUGGUAUUUACAUAGGUAACAAACAAAUAUGAAAAGGGGGAAAGGCACAACAUUGAGAGCAAUUGGCGAAACUAAAAACACUUUGCGAUCAACUUAUUAGUGACGAUAUUCCACACCGAAUAUAUGUGCCAGGUUUGGUCACAAGGGGGAAAUGAGCUUCUGAACAGCUCGACUGCCACACGGCACAUGGGCCAGCUCUCUUCCUCGAGCCUUCCAAGGUCUGCCAUUGUAGUGGAAAUGGUGUGGAGAUGGAGAGGGAGGCUAUGUACACACUGUAAUUAUCACCUGUGAUAGAAUACCCACUGUGUGAAAGAAAUCGUCCCAUGCAAAUCAGCAUGUAAGUAGAAGACAGAUCGUGCAACCCCAGUGCCAUCCCUCCAUCCCUUCUCACCGUGCUUAGGCUUUCCCAGAUCAGUGACUGACCAGAGCGAGCCCUAAGGUUCGUGGCUGCACACAGUAAGCCUGCGUGAACACCCCAUAGCACUUGUGUUACUUAUCUGAUCAUCACAGCAGGAUUGGGACCCCCCCCCCAUUUUAUGAAAGAAUCAACUCCAAGGCAGAAGGUCUCCCAACUCCUAGUUAUUGUUCCACCACAUGAACCUGCUGUCAGACGAGUGGCCUGUUGUUCAUUUGUUUACUUUGGAAGAACUGUGACUAAAAAUAAAUGUUCUUUCCAUGUUAGGAUUUGUUUCCUUAUUGAUUACAACUCAGCUCGAACCCCAGGGAUGAAGCAUAGGUAAAGCCCACUCAGGUGUUAUUGGCAAGAGGGCUUUAACCGAGUGGAUAAUUGCACAGCUAAACACACACUAGAGUCAUGAGGUUCUAAGUGUUCUUGUGACUGCAACACAGUGAACAUGUUUUUUGCAAGGAACCAAAUGGGGAUUCAGCGAUGGGGAGUGGGAUGGAGUAAAGAUUCUCACCUCCUGGUGACCUUGGCCACCUACACUGGGUUCCUGUCUACCCUAGAGAGUCAGCUCUUUGUUCUCAGGGGAGCAGACAGCUAAAUACAGCAGACAACUGGAAUAAGUGACUUGAAGUUCCAUUAUCUUCUUGAAGAGAGAGGAUGCUUUAACUUUGGAUUGUAGCCAGUUUCAGAUAGGCAAAAGCCAUACUGUUCACAAUAAGAAAACAAUUCUGAUUAGAGUCAGGUUUCUCAUAUCCAUUGUGAAAGGAAAACUUGAGGAUGGUGAAUUGCUUUGAAAUAUUGAACCUCAACAUGAACGUGACUGAAUCUGAACAUUUGGAAAUUUACUUCAGCCAGAAUAAAGACAGAGAAUGAGGAAAAUCAUGGAGCCCCUGCCAUGGACCAAUCUGCAGCAUCAAGUGACCCAAUCACUGUCUCUACAUUUAUUUAGCGUGACCCGGCCUGGGUAGGGCAAUCAUGUUGCCAGUUUUGUGGUGAAUUGGGAUAUCACAGGAUUCCAUCAACUGCUAUACCUGAUUAUGCUCACAAGAUUCUGAAAGCAAGAUUAUCCAGUGGGUAAAUGAAAGUUGACUGGAUUCUGUCAGUUCAGAAACAGGCUAGAAACAACAUUUCUGGGUGGCUUUCCUGACUAAAAUACAUCAUGUGUAUCAUCUCCCCACUCCUUGCAUUUCGGGGCAGGUUUUAAAGACUUGGUAGAGAUCCAGCAAGUUCUAGAGACUUUACAAAUCACUUUAGUAGGCAUCAGUGCAAUUGUCACUGCGGUAAGUGGGUUUUAGAAAAGAAGUGUGAGCAAAUCAGGUGUUAAUACGAUACUAAGGACAAAGCUUUAGAAGCUAUUUUACUACAUAGGUGAAGAAAAGAUUAACUUGUAACACAGACCACAACUGCAUGUUGGAGUAGAUUGUCUCAUAUUCCAGAUCAAAAUGUACUGUAUACUUUUCUUCACUUUGUUGUGCACUGUAACGAAAUGUGAAAAAUGCUUUCUUUAGCUGUAUGUGAAUGAAAAUAUGCUUGUAUUUAGUAAAAUGGUUGAUUACGUGA